AUGGACUUUGAUCAAUGUCCGGCAAUAGCUCCCUUCUUUGGGUUUCUCGGCGUAGCGGCAUCGACAGUUUUUGCCAAUAUGGGCGCUGCGUACGGUACCGGCAAAGCCGGAACAGGGAUCAUGAUAUCCGGCAUUUCCUCACCCGAUCUGAUAUGGAAGAAUCUCAUUCCCAUUAUUAUGGCCGGUGUCAACGGGAUAUACGGCCUUAUUACCGCUAUCAUUAUUAUCAAUCAAAUCGUGACACCAACACAAGAUGGUCUCGGCACGUACAGUUUAUACACCGGCUUUGCGCAUUUGGCUUCUGGAUUAUGUUGUGGUCUCUGUGGACUCGGAUCCGGCAUGGCCAUUGGACUGGCGGGUGACGCCGGAAAAAAGGCCGGCGGGGGGGAUCAACUAUUCGUCGCCAUGGUACUGAUUCAAGUCUUUGCCGGUAAUUUGGCACUGUAUGGUUUGAUCACAUCCAUCAUUUUGACGCAAACAUCGUACGUCUGUGAAUACGCCAAUUAG